GGGGUCAUAUUGUUCAAUUUAGCCAUAAGACAUGCUCGCAAUUUCUUCAAUGUUGUGUCUAUAGCGAGAAAGAUGUUCUGUUUUUGCAUCUAAGUCAUUGUUUGAAGAUGAUUCAGCCUUUCAAGCACGGUCUUUACUAUCAAGAAAUCUACUAAAUACGACGAGUAGCUUCGGACGAAGUGGUUUUCAUGUUCUCGGCUGGAAAAGAUUUCUAGAAAAAUCAUUCGUGUUUUUACACUUUGAUCUAUACGAUAUUGCAUCAUUUACAGUAUUGCAGUAAACUGUUAUAACUCUAGCUGUAACGGUUUGUCCAUCAACGAAACAGUUGUUUAUAAGAUUAUUGAUAGCUAAACUGUGAACAUCUGGGGCCUUCCAACAACAGGCAAGUUGAUCUGUGUAUGAUUAAAAUAAUCUCGUCCGUGGACACGUAUCGCUUGCCGUUUGUCACAGUUGCGUCGACUGACGAAAAACGACCUCAUUUAACUGAGAAAUAUUUGUUGAAGAAAUUAGGUGAUUGUCUUCAGGCAGUUCCUUUUUUUAUUCGCUUGAGGUCUUACAAGUACGAGCGCUGCACUUGAAAGGAUUUUUGUUCGCUGGUAAUUCAGUUGUCCAGCUCUUCAACAUAUCUAUACAGGAUUGACGAACCGAAGGAGCUCGUAUAGCUAGGUGAGACUCCAGGAAUCCCUCAUGAUUGAGGGAAAUGGCCAACACUACAAAUGAGAGCGUAGUUUACAACCAAGAGAGUAAUGGGAUCUUCAAGCCCGUGUACGACUCCUUACUCAUCGCUCUGGCCUUUUUUAUUAUUGCUAUAAACGUUCUUGUCGUUUAUUUGUUUCUGAGGAAAGAUUAUUUGCGCACGAAGACGAACAGUUUCCUCGUUAGUCUGGCAUUUUCUGAUCUUCUGACAGGAAUUGUAGCCAUCCCUUUUUAUUUGUAUUGUUCGCUCACUCUCAAACCCGCGAUUUGCAUUGCCUCAGGCGCAUUGUAUCGUUGCAUCGCAGUGUCCACUAUGGCUCACAUUAUGGUCGUAACCCUUGAGAGAUAUAUUGUUGUGAUGUACCCAAUGAGAUAUUACAGAAUGGUUACAAAGACGCGUGUUUGUAUAUGCAUAGCUGUCGUAUGGCUCUUUUCGAUCUUCUACUCUACGAUCCAAUUCUCUUGGCUCGACGUCGACAAUCACAAUAUCACGGAAAUUGGCGAAAACAUUAUCUAUGAAAAGCCAUACAAUAUAACGGGUGUAUUUCUCUGCUUUUCAAUUCCGCUGUGCGUAAUGAUCCUGUGUUUUGCACGUAUGUUUUGCGUGAUUCGUCGUCAGGUAGGGAGGAUCCAAAAGCAGGCGGAACUGUCUGCAGACCCUAGGAGCGUAUCGAUAGCUUCUGAUAAACGCGCGUUGAUCAUAUUUUUCACGAUGUUGUGCGUGUACACGUUAUGCUGGCUGACGUGGUAUUUGACGUUGUUUCAAGUCGCGAUGAGAAAAAAUGUCAUCCUUCCCGAGAAGGUCGCCGAUGUGUUCGACUUCCUAAGGUUCGGUACUAGUCUUUUUAAUCCUUUGCUGUACACUUUUCUGAAGAUGGAUUUUCGUCGUGCUGUUUGCUCGCUGUACAGCAAUACUCGCGCGAGUUCUAUUCGGGACAGAUGUGGUCGGUCAACUCAUCUGAGAAUGACAUCAUUUUCCACGGACAUAAGAGGAAGAAAAAGCCUUACUCCUUUAAAUGGCGCCAUUGACGGCCUGACAAGCAGAGAUUUUGUUGAGCAAAGUGACUUUGAAAAUCACGAACUUAUAAGUAGCGUUUAAUAAACCAAUGGCUAGUAAUGCAGUGACGUAGCAGCUCGCAUGUUUGAUCCAGUGUUAUGUAAAUAUUUUGUUGCUCCUCACAGUAGCGUAGACAAAAUUUUCUGUCAAGGGGUGGGGAGGCUAGUCAAAGGGAAGGGUGACAUAGCUGUCCUUCAAACAAUAUAAUAUAUAUGUAAAACAUAACAUUUUAUAAGGGUCAGAAUUUUCCCUUGCUCGCGUCCCCUUCUGGCUACGUCACCAGCUCUUCACUCACUGCAAAAACAAUAGAUUUCUAAAGAAAUAAUACUGAUGACAUGCAAUUUACAUAGCAUGACCAAAACCUGCAGGUUGGCCACAUUGGCUAAAUUUGUUAGUCGUUUAUUAGUUUAUGCUUCAUAUAUUAUUGCUGAGGAAGUACAAGCCUUCAAGGCAUUUGUAUUUCUUUUAUUCGUAUUGUAUUUUCACUAUUUUGGUUGUUAAAAAUAGCCAAGUGAGAAGAACGAAAUUCUUCAACUUUGCGUAACUGUGUGCACAAACGGAAAUUAUUGGCAAAAGAAUAAGUGACGUUUUAAUGUUAAAAAAUUAUAUGUUUUGUUGCUAUAA